AAUUGCAGCACUACGAGUGAUUUGUAUCGAAAUGCACUGUUGGCUUCGUUGUAAUGUGAUAGUUCUUGUGGUUGGAUUUAAUUAGAUCUCUUUAUUUAGCGAUGGCUGAGAAGUGUGGAUCAGAGAAAGCAUCAAGCUCUUCACCGAACCUGAUAUGUCCAUUAUGCCUUGAUAUAUUUGUUGAGGCGACAAUCUUAACUUCAUGUGGACACACAUUUUGUAGGCAAUGCCUCAAGAAAUACGAUCUAACCCACCAGGACCUUGAUCACAUGGUCUGUCCUCUCUGCAGGGAGAUCACCAAGUUGUCCGCCAACCGUGUCGAUGAUCUCCGCCUGAAUGUCUCUAUCAACGGAUGCGUAGACGAUUUCUACGCCAAGUGUGGAGGGAUGAAUGCUGUCCUCGAGAUGUGCCAGAAAUGCACCGCUUGCAAGUCUCUGAAAGACGCUGUGUCAUUCUGCAGAACAUGUAAUUAUUACAUGUGUGAUGAGUGCUUACAUUGUCAUCAACAUCUUACAGUCGUCUUCGAAGGUCAUGAGAUUGUCUCCAUGGAUGAUGUCAUCGAAGGGAAGGUCAGCAUUGGUCAUUUAUUCGAGAAGUGUUCCAUCCACAAACAAGAAAACAAAGAUAUGUUUUGUGAGGAUUGUAAGGUCCAUGUCUGUCAAAAGUGCGCACUCGUUGAUCAUCAAAAUCACAAAAUCAAGAACCAGGUUAACUUUGAGCAGGAGUUGCGACGGAAGGCGACAGACCUUGCUCAGCGAUGUGCCGACAAGAAAGCAGAGCUGGAGAAGAACAUUCAGAACAUAGAAAUACAACGUCAUGAGGUACACACUGCAGUACAUUCACUGCUAGAUGAUGUCAGGCAAGCCUACAGCAUCAAGGCCAAGGAGCUGGAAGAAAAUCUUCGAAAUCUCACCGACCAAAUAAAUGCCUCAAAGCAUAGUUUUGAUGACGACCUCAAUGUCUUGAAGUCAAAAGAUCGACAGAGGAUCAAGAGUAUUUGUAGUUCAAUAACAUUGGUAGAUAAUGACAGACUGGGUCAUCUUGAGACAGACACUCUAUCUACUCAUAUCUUGCUCUGUGAGGAGCUGGAUACCAUGCUGAAGGAGGUUACUGAUCGCACUUCUGCGGAAGCUAUUAAGAAGAAGGCACAGGAGAAGAGGUUCAAACCAGCAGACGAUACUCGUCUUGACCUCGGGAGUAUCUCAGGAUCAGAUCCCAAGAUGGAAGUCAUUCAGUGUGUUGAUCUACGGGGAGUGAUGCAUGGUAUGGCACGGUACUCCAAUAGCACUGUCGCUAUCGUGUAUGGGUAUAAUGCACAAGGUAUUGAUAUUAUUGAUUCAAAUGGCGGAAAGCAGCGGUAUAGAAACACACCCUUAAGUGACAUGAAAUGUUAUGAUCUGGUGUUCCAACGGGACGGGUCGGUAUGCGUGUCCACUGGUUCUUAUACGGAAGCCUACAUCUACUCUCCCCUUGGCACUAGGAAAGCAACAAUCCACGUGAGAGACAAUGGAUAUUAUCUCAUAGUUAACAGUAGUCCAUCAGAUGAAAUCAUCAUUGCUAACUAUGAAAAACAAGUCUAUAUCUAUGACCCGACAGGAUCCACUCUUAAACACACUGUUCAAACAAAGCACAAGACUCGGCAGGCAUCUACUACCAGGACGGGUUUGAUCGUCACGAGUUCAUGUUUGGACGAUCCAAGCGUUGUGACGGUCUAUGACAGGGAUGGGAAUGCUGGUGAGUCUCUACAAGCUCCAGAGGAUGUCUACCUGUAUGCUGCCGUGGAUGAGCAGGACAGGGUGUAUGUAGCGAGUGUUGAUGAGGAUAAUAGUAGCGUUGUGAUCAGGCUCUAUGAUCUUGAUGGUCUGAACCUGAAGGAAAGAGUUGAGUUCAAAGCACUUAAUAUGACAUUGGAUAGUUAUUGGUGUUACUUGGUUUCCCUCUCCCCAGACAUGCUCGCCUUUGCUUGUGACAAGAAGUUAUAUUUCAUCAAGGUAUCACUGUAAUCCAUAUUAUAUCACACCAUAAAGCAUCACAGCCCAAUGAAUAUUGUGUGACAUGUAUUCACCCAGCUAUCAUGUUUUACCUCCAUGGUUCAAUAUUCUAUUGUUUAUUCUAAUUUCAUGAUAUCUUAUUCCAAUGGUAGGAUCCAUCAUGUGACAUUCGUAGGAAUACACAGACUAGUCACGCAUGCUAUAGAACUAUCAGUAAAAUUCCUUUAAAAAUGGGUUCUCCUGGCUGAAAAUAGUAAAAUCAGAAUAUAUAUUAUGAUAUACUCCAUAGUAUAAAAUGGCAAAACGCUGAAAAUUUCAUCAAAAUCAUAUAAAACAACUAAUCAAUAUGUUAGUUUAUCGAUGUUCUGUGAAAACAGCUCUAUGCAUGCAAUGACCAGUGAUAGGUGGGCUGAUGAUGUGUGGUCCCAACUUUCCCUUUUCUUAUUUCAUUAACGGACAUCACAAUGUAUGUGUGUAAAAUAUGUUUCAACAAUGAUGAUAUUACAAAUCAAAGCAAUAACCAAUCUUAUAACAGUGUCACCAAAGUAUUAAACGCAAUGCUGAUAAAAUUUUCAGUUUUCAGUUUUUUGUUUGUCACUCUCAGCCUGAGUACCCCUUCAUUACUGAAUUGAUCUAUAUUAUGUAAAUAAUUUUGGGUGUAUACAUGUAUAUAUAAAACAUGUUAGUGAGGAUUUUUAUACUGGACUGCGGAGAAAGUGCGAUUGGUUGGUUGUUGUUAGUAAUCAACCAGUGAACCGACGGCUUAAGGUCCUCUCCGAGGGACCUGAUAAUAAUAUCGUAUAAAAGGGCACUAGCGCUCUGACUUGUCAUCUAACCCACUCCACAUAGGCCAACGAUUCAUGUAUGUGUGUUUAUAAGCAACCAUAUCCUUGAGGCAUAGCCAUGUAUCUUUUUAUGAUUCAAAUGUGUUUUGUUCAUAUUUUCGUAGUUAUCGUGUACAGUAAUGUACAGUAUAUGCCCAUCAACAUAUUUCCUUAAAGCGUCGGAUAUAUUUGUUCUCUAUAUGUUUAUUUCAUUCUGUAAUGACUUCAUAAUUUAAUCGGUUGUUAGGCGCAACGAACUUUUCUAUUGAAUUUGAUCAUUAUAAUGCAUAUGAUGAUGACCCCUGAAGAAUACAAUGUGAACGUGUAAUCACUUUGUAAAUAAGCUCCAAUAUAACAUACACUGUAAAACGCUGUUUAAAAUCUUAAGCACGUUAUUUAAGCCCAUCACUGUAACAACUAUUGUUUAAACUUUUUAAAGAAAUUGUUUAAAAAGUUUAAACAAUUACAGAAAAAGUUUAAACAACUUGUUGUUAGAGUGACAGAGUUAAACAAUGUACUUUUUUACUGCUUAGUGACUGUGUAAAAUUUGUACAUUUUGAUUAUGUUCACUCUAUGUUGUUUCAUGUUGUGGUUGGGUUGUUAGGUGGUUUUACUUGACUCGAACAUCAGAGAGUAGUUAGAUAUUUUUUACAGGUAGGAAGGGUACUUUAUUACUCAGCAUGAGUGCGCCCUCUAACCGAAUAUACAUUAUAGGUUAUCAGUUGAACAAAUCACAUAAACGGGAUACUGUUACAUGUGUCACAUUGGCUAGUAUUCUGAAAGCGAUGGUCAGGCAAAAUGAAUUUAAAAUGAUUUAAUUGAUACAUUGUAUGCAUAUAUUUAUUUCAUAUUCUAAUAGUUAUCGUGGAAUGUACAUAUCCAUUACCAUAUUUUUUAAAAUGUUAUUUAUCAGUUAAUGACUAUUCAAGCGAUGAGUCAUAAAUGUUUGGCUCAGCGAAUUUUUCUAUUAGUUUUGGAAUUUGAUCAUAAGCCUAUAUGAGAUAUGAUAAGCUGUAUAUAUGUACCGUAAUUGUUGGCAUAGCGAACUUUUCUAUUAGUUUCUGAAUUUGAUCAUAAGCCUAUAUGAGAUAUGAUAAGCUGUAUAUAUAUAUGAUCAAUUGUUGGCAUAGCGAACUUUUCUAUUAGUUUCUGAAUUUGAUCAUAAGCCUAUAUGAGAUAUGAUAAGCUGUAUAUAUAUAUGAGCAAUUGUUGGCAUAGCGAACUUUUCUAUUAGUUUCUGAAUUUGAUCAUAAGCCUAUAUGAGAUAUGAUAAGCUGUAUAUAUAUGAGCAAUUGUUGGCAUAGCGAACUUUUCUAUUAGUUUCUGAAUUUGAUAAUAAGCCUAUAUGAGAUAUGAUAAGCUAUAAAUCUAUGUAGAGUAUAUUCUGUUGUCUCCUAUGAGGAAGAUCAAAAUAUAAAAUCACUUUGCUUAACAUAGAAUUUGUACAUUUUCAUUUCAUGUUCACACUAUGUCACAUUAUGUGUUUUUUUUCUUCAAUAUGAUCAUGAUGAUAUCAAAAUAUCAGUCUCGCUUUAUUAUUCACUUUAAAUUGAAACUUUAUUUACCAAAAUCUUCAUUAAAAAACAUACAAAUCAAGAAAUAUGGAUAUUUCAAAUAAAAUACAUUUUAACAUAAGUAAGAAUAUUUGAGAAUAGUCGAUGGAUCACAGAAAGUAACAACAAACUUUUAAAUUAAUGAUCAUGAAAUUAACACAAAACAACACAAUAAAAAUAAAUGCAUACUGGAAAUACAUAUCAAACAAACAUAACAUGAAUAUAAUUGAUUCUAUAUCAGUAUACUAUUAGUAAUAUAAUUUCUGCAUUAAAUGGAUUUUCAAAUGUCUUUUAAGGCUUUGUACAGUUUUGCACUGUUUGAUAUUUUGAGGGAGCUUAUUCCAAAUAACGGGACCCCUACAUGUAUAUAAAAAUAUAUUGUUUGAGAAAGAAUAAUGACCAUAUAUUGCACGAGUAUCAGCUAAAUGUCUAGUAUUAUGUUUAUCUAUGUUGGUUUGUUAUUAGGCAAAAGGUUGUUACAAUAGGAAUGCAUAAAAACAGAUAAUUGAACAUUAUGUAGUAAGGAAAUUUGGAGAAUAUUUAAUCUUGAGAUAAAUGAUAUAAAACUUAAUAUAUGCUCAACUCUAUGAUGCCCUCCUCUCCUGUAAUGUCUGAAUAUUUGCUUAAAUUGUGUAUAUAUAUGCCAAAAAGUCACAUUUCAGAAAAGGUGUCAAAUUUAUAUUUCUAAGUAUAAAUAAGUUUUUUUUUGUCUCGGCUGCAUAGCAGAGCGAGACUUAUAUAGGCGCCGCUUUUCCGACGGCGACGGCGGCGUCGUCAACAUUGAAAUCUUAACCAAGGUUAAGUUUUGUAAAUGCCAUCAUUACUUAAAAAGUAUAUGGACCUAGUUCAUGAAACUUGGACAUAUAGGGGUAAUUAAGUGUUACUGAAUAUCCUGCCCGAGUUUCAAGUCACAUGAUUAAGGUCAAAGGUCAUAUAGAGUCAAUAAACUAGACCAUGUUGGGGGAAUCAAUAUCGAAGUCUUAACCAAGGUUAAGUUUCUGAAAUGUUGUCAUAACUUCAAAAGUAUAUGGACCUAGUUCUUAGACGUAAGGGUAAUAGUGUAUCACUGAAUAUCCUUCGGAGUUUUUUUUGUAUUAUUUGUUUUGAAUUGAAUCUAUGUGUUUCAUUAAAUUAUGAAUGUCAUAAAUUUGAA